CUAAAUUAUAAGAGCCUCCUAUAUACUUCUCCACCUAUCGCUGCUUUAAUCAGACGAUUUUAGAUCCAUCCUUUAUGUGCCUUUUGGUAUGAUUUACAGAAUUUACUUGAGUGAAAAUAGAGAAGUACGCUUCACAACUCUUCAUCCUCUUUUUUGUUUUUGGUUAAAUCCCUUCAUACCUUUGCUAACAUUUUCUCUCUUUUUUUGUCCGGUUAUAAUUCCCUGUUUUGUUCUGGUGAUGAUUUUUCGGAAGAAUGAGGAUAAUUUUUGAAAACUAUUUACUUAGGACUAUGAACAAGUAUGGAAGAUUCCCACUCUCACAAAAAUUCAAUCCUUUGUUUGAAAAAUGCUCUAUGGGCUGCUUACAAGAUUUCCUCGAGAGGCAUGAAGAUUGAUUUGGUUUUGACACCAAAGCAUAUCACUUUUGUCCUGGAAUAUGCUAUUGGAUGUGGACUGUUGGAGCAUAAUGUAGUACCUGAAGAUUCAAGAAGGUUGAGUUUUAUAUCAUUGCAUGAAAAAAUGGAAACUAAAGCAGUUUUUGGACCAAAACUUGGAUUUCAUCUUUCUCUUCCUUCUCGGAACAAUUUAUUACUUCCUCCGAUAAUCAAACCCCACGGCUUUCCCCUGGCGUCAUUUUGGGACACGCCUAGAAAGCAUGUUUGUUUAAAGGCCACUAAUAGUACUAGUCCGACGUCUGAUGGUCAAUUAAGUAAUCGCAAAUUCAAGAAGUUUCCACCCUCUGAAUGGACUGAUUACUUUCACUCGGUUCCCCUCGAUGUCUCUGAAAUGGAUGCGCUCAAGAGAGAGAUUCAUACACUAAAGCCGAAAGUGAAGAACACGUUAAUGUCUUCCCAAGACACUCAGAGAAUCCUUAUGAUAUAUUUGUUGGUGAGCCUUGGUCUUGCAUAUCACUUCGAGGACGAGAUCUAUGAUAUUCUAAAAGAGAGUUUCACAAAGAUAAAGGAGAUGAUGGAACACGAAGAAGAUUUGUACACAGUUUCCAUCAUCUUCUGGGUUUUCAGGACAUACGGUCACUACAUAUCUUCUGAUGUCUUUACAAGAUUCAAAGAGAGCAGCGGAGACUUCAAAGAAAUUCUUAAAGGGGAUGCCAAGGGUAUCUUGAGCUUAUACGAAGCAGCGCACUUGCGGACCACGAAAGAUGAUAUACUGAGCGAAGCGUUGAGCUUCACCUCGAGCCAUUUGGAGUCAUUAGUUGCAGGUGGGACAUGCCCGCCUCAUCUUUCAAUGCAUAUACAAAAUGCUCUCUAUCUGUGUCAGCGUUGGAACAUGGAGAUGUUAGUCGCUGUGAAAUAUAUCCCAUUCUACGAACAAGAAGAUCAUGAUGAGAUGCUACUCAGGUUUGCUAAGAUCAGUUUCAAGUUACUGCAGCUCCAGUACAUUCAAGAUCUCAAAAUCCUAACAAACUGGUGGUACAAGGAGGUAGAUAUUGUAUCAAAGGUGCCACCUUACUUAAAAGACAGACUCGUCGAAAAUUAUUUCUUGGUAAAAGCAGCUUUCUCGGAGCCACAAGUCUCACGUGCAAGGAUUAUGUUGACUCAGUAUUACACCAUUUUAGGGAUUAUAGAUGACACAUUCGACAGAUAUGCAUCUCUUCCUGAGGCAGAAAUCCUUGCCAAUAGCUUGGAAAGGUGGUCUCCCGAUCCUGCCAUGGAUAAACAACCUGAAUAUUUGAAAGCCGUACUAAACUUUAUAUUGGAUACUUUCGAAGAUUUUGAAAAAGAACUUAGGCCGGAAGGAAAACCUUACAGUGUGGAAGCCAAUAUAGAAGAGUUAAAGGCAGUUGUGAAAGCCAAUUUUGAGCAUGCAAAAUGGGCACACGCUGCUCACCUGCCUGGCUUUGAGGAGUACAUGGAGGUUGCUGAGGUGGAGAUCACAGUGUAUGCAGCUUUGGCUGGUUGUUUCAUGUCUCUGGGAAAAAUGGCUACCAGGGAAGCUUACGAGUGGCUUAAAUCGAGGCCAAGACUGGUCAAAUCUAUAUCUCUCAGAGGUCGUCUUAUGGAUGAUAUAACCGGUUUAGAAAGAGGACAGAUCACAAAUGCAGUCAACUGUUAUAUGAAGCAAUAUGGAGUUACCAAACAAGAUGCUUUAAGAGAGCUUCACAAAAUUGUUGCAGAUAACGGUAACAUAAUAAAUGAGGAGCUCUUGACGACAACUGGUAUGUCACGUUUGGUUCUCAAGACAGUAAUGGGUCUUGCACAAUCGGUCGCCGUCUGCUACAAUGGAUAUGAAGGAUACACUUUCCCGGAAGGAAAAAUCAAGGAGUACAUGACUUCUUUGUUUGUCGAUCAGAUUCGUCUUUAACAAAUUUGGAAUGGUCUAAGCGUGUGGCCUAUGUUCUUGGUUUCUCUUCACAAGGCUAUUUGUUUGGUUUCUACGGUCUACUAUAUAAUUAGGUCGUUCACUCUUUAAAUUGCCAAAAAGAGCUUUUUAUCAUUUAUGUAUGGUCCGUUACAAUUGAUGUUGGUUAAAACCCUUGCAAUUAGAUUUGGCUUUGUUUCUCACCGACCA